AUGCCUCAAUUGUUCAUAGUCAGCUGGCUCUUCCUUUUGAGCAUUCAGAAUUCGACAUUCAAACGUACCACAAACGUGUGCUCAAUGGCAGCCACCAAAACGCCCCAGGAGAGCCUUCUUGAGCUGUGGGAAUCUAUCCCCAACGACCUACGCCCUAGUGGGCCCUGUUCAUUCGACGCCCUAUCUCGAUCUGUUAAAUCUCUUGUUGGAAAGGCCCAAAUAGGCUCACAAUGCGGACACAAAGAUGAGCUGGCCAAUGCUCUUGGAGAUAUUCAGACCGCUAAUGGGUCCUGGCCAGAGAUUCUGGAGCUCGCCCGGAGGCACGCUUGGCGGUCCUCCAAGAAAGGGCUUAGAGGCGACAUGCCCGCACCUUUUACCGGAACUGCCCUUGGCUAUCGACGAUGGAAACCCCAAAUCAAGAGUUGGGCCAUUGUGAAUGAAUCUGCACCCGGCAACGUAGUCGCUGCUGCUGUCCUGCGCAACACUUCUGGCCGCGCCAAACGAUAG